AUGCGCUUCUUCCAAGAGCUCGCUGUCGCUGUCGUGAGUCUCGCGCUGCUGGCUUCGGCUGUUGAUCCGUCUAUACAUUCUCGACAGGCUCAGCAAAGUCUCAGCAAUGCGCUGACAAUCCACGCCGAUCUCUCUGCGUUCAACGGCAUGCUGAACAGCUAUCCGAGCAUCAUAAGCAACAUAAACGCCGGGACGAAAAACAAAGUCACCCUCCUGGUGCCAAUCAAUGAUACCCUCGCCAAGUUUCUUCAACAGUUCAAAGUCAGCGAAAUCACGCAGCUUCCAGUGAGCCAGCUCUUGAUCAUCUUUCGAUACCGCAGUCUAGAUGCUGCGUUGACGGCUGCAAACUUCAGCGGGUCCAGAGGCAUCACAGUCCCCGCCAAACUUCGAGAUGAGCUCUUCAACCUUCGGACACCUGGCCCUGCCAUAAUUGACCAGUGCGGCGAAGACGCUCAGGGUCAGGUGCUUUUUGGUUCGCCGAGCACCAUCAAUCCCGCCAAAUUCAGAAUUAGGCAAGGGACGUCUUCCGAUGAUCACACCGCAAGCCUACGCGGUGGUCUUGAUCAGACUGCCGAGAUCACAUCCAUCGAUGGAGUGUGGGAUGGCGGAUACUUCCAAUCUGUUGAUGCUGUUCUAGAAGCGCCGGCAAUAUGCUCCGCCACCAUCAAGAAGCUCUCAAGCUUUUUAUCGGCUCUUGGAGAUGCAUUGGAUAAGAUGAAGCUACGGAAACAACUUGACAAUACCGCCAUCACAUGCUUGGGACCCAACACGGCUGCUUCCAAUGAGGCAGGCAGCCCCCAGAUUUCGUUCGGAAACGAAGACUUCAAAAUCGCAUUACUGGAAAGCUUCCACAUUCUACCUCGGGCAGCUUACAGCGACUUCCUCGUGGAUGGCCAGGAAUUCAACUCGAUGGCCAACGUGACUGUCCGCGUCACGCUUAAGGAUAACGAGAUCUGGUUCAACGACGCAAAGGUCAUCAGCCCCAACGUACUGACUAAAAACGGACUCAUCCACAUAUUGGACCGCGUGAUGUCCGCCAAUGCCCUGCCGAACUCCUCGACUUCCUCGCCGACCGGGACGGGCUCGGCUACCCCUACUUCAAGUGCUACGCCCCCGAAUGCUGGGAACCCCAUGUCAGAAAACAUUCGUUGCGCCGCAGUCAUUGCUCUUGCGGCUGUUGUGCUGCUCAUAUGA